AUGGCCUCCAAAAUUUGCAGAGAGCUGGAGAAUGUGUUUGUAACCGUAGAGGUGAAUGAGAUUGAUCCAAGGCAUACAAUUGUGAAAGAAAUCAUGAAAAUGACUAUAGGUGGAGGUCAUGUUGUGGUCCACGAUGUAGGAAGGGAAGGGCUGAUGAUGAAAGGGUUUGCCAUGAGACUCUUUCACCUAGAUCUCAAAACUGCCUGCAUGGGGGAUAUGACUGCACCACAUGUCGGCCCUUUUGAGUUGCUGAUUGCAAGCGCGGCUUCGGGAUGGUUUGGAAGUGUAAAUGCAAUAAUUGCGCGGGGAGAUUUUUUGUUGAAUAUUCGAAUCACAAGUGGGACGGGCUUUCUGAAAAACACUAGCUAUAGUAUAUAUAUAUUUUUCCCUUAA